AAACUUUUAAAUUAUUAAAUACAUGUGAUAUUUAAAGCUGUACUACUGUCCCAAUCCCUCGGCUGAUGGCCAUUCUGUCUGUAACUCAUUUUCAACUUUUGAUUCUCAUCUUUUUGGUCAGACGCAAUCGGAGACAGCUCUGUUUGCCCGCCAUGCUCUGUUUGAGCCAAACACAGGGGUGUCUGGGUUAGGCAUGGUGUGGAGAGGAGGCCAGCCCAGACCAGUAUGGAAUCUGACAGAUUCUCAAGCUAAGGAGCUGUCCAAUGAGAAUCUCACUAGCUAUGCCAACCAGAACUACAACACACCUCGCAUCCUUGAGCUGGAUGUAAACAGAAUGCUGAUUGGUCAAAACAAUGUCAGUACUCGUGUCAGAGCUGGCCUGACAGAUGACAGAUUGGUCAAUGCAGUGAAGAACUCAGUGAGGUCAUAUGUCACAGUGAACAGGCCUACUGUGGCUCCCGGACAAAGCAGGUUCAGUGCAGAGGGCGCUGUCCCGCCAAGCACCCCAUAUCGCCCCUUGAGCGGUCAUAGCCGGUCGGAUCAACGGAGGAUUCCCACUUCUCCCCCUUUACCUCCGAUCCACCUCUCCAGAGGACACGCGGGUAGCAAAGUCGUGGAGAUUCACAGUCCAUCAGCAGAGCUGUCUUAUCCACCCAGAAGCCCACCAGGAUCAUCACUAAGGUUAACCCCACCCCUGAAAGAAAGAGGAGUUCCUUCACCGCUAGAUGCCUUUGCAUAGGACACCCAAGCAUAAACCUUUUUUUUUUGAAUAAGACAGGAAAGCCUUGACUGAGAAUUACCCAUAUCUGGCAACAGGUGCUCCCAGGUGAAGCUCAUUAAGAAGGUUUUGACAAUUCCUGUCAAAUCUCACUAUUCGACAGGAAUCUGGGAAUCCAAUUUCCAAAAUAUUCCCAGAAAUCAAAGCUGUGAGAAUCUGGAUUUCCUGAAAUGAAACAGUACAAAAAAAAAAAAAGAAAUGACCAUUUAAGCGUCCAGUAAGAUAUGUACGUGUUUAAAAAAUUUGAAGUAUUUAUUUCAGAUUCAGCUGAUAUUUUAUCAAGUAUUCCAAUUCAGAAAAAGGAUUUAAAAACAAUUUUAAUAUACAGGCAUCUAAAACAUGGUGUGCCUUGUUAACAAAUAUUCUACACAGUUUCCUGAGACCAUGUAAUGUUGGUGUCUUUUGGCCUCGUCAUGGUUCUGUAUUAUUUUACAGAAAAAUUCCAAGCUAUGAGUAUUUUAUGUGACAUUGACACUAGCAGGGAAAUCUUUGGUGAAAUUGAACAUCAAGAUAUUUUCGAUGAAUUUCAGCAAAGUCUGUUUUACUAUAGAAUGAUCAUUUACAGUAAGAGUCACUGUUCAGUAGAUAGAAUGUUGGGAAUAGGUGUAUGUUUCUUCUUCAGGCUCUAUUUUUGCUGGAAGUUGGAUUUUGUAUUCUUGGAUAGUGUACAUAUUUGUCGUUAAUAUGUCCAUUUUUGUUACUGUUUGUCAAGCUGAGGAAAAAAGUGCUUUGUUAAUGUUUUGAUAUUUGUGAAUGUAUUGAGUUUUGUCACCAUGCCUGCUAAUACGCAGUAAUAGACACCCAACAAAUUUCAGAGUGUUUUCUUACAUUGCACCUCAGAAGUUUAAACCUUCAGUUCUCUUUAUUUCCAUGAAGGUUCUUGAUAAAAAUUAUGGUAGUUACAGCUGUGGGAAAAAGGCAAAAAAAAUAAUAAUAAAUAAUAACAAAAUAGAGUUUUGCGUGUUAAAGAACCGAGUGCAUGCAAGGUAGUUUUAGCUACAUGUAAUAAAGGCCUGUAGUUGUCCUGUAUGUUAACUGAAUCGUGGCCUGCAGGUUAGCUUGCUAGCGCAGCACAAUGACCCUGAGACCUCAUACUAAUAUGAUCAGUGAGUUCAACUCCAGUCCUGGCUUUUUCUCCACUCGUACGUGGGAAGGUCUGUCAGCAACCUGCAGAUGGUCAUGAUUUUGCCCAGGAUACCUUGCACCAUAGUGGUGGCCGCUGUCAUGUAAGUGAAAUAUUCUUGAAUAUGGCGUAAAACACCAUUCAAAUAAAUAAGUGUCAAUUAAGUCUUCAUAAAUAACAGUAUUUACCCCUUGUACAUGUAUUUAUGGUGUAUUUUUCAUUUUGUUUUGUUUGUUGUUUUUUUUUUUUGAGAGAGAGAAAGCAAAAUGCAGCACUUCAUUGUCACUGUAUACAAUGCUUGUUAAAGAACCGAAAGCAUGCAUGGUAUUUUUAGCUGCAUUUAAUAAAGGCCAAUAGUUGUCCUGUAUGGUAACUGAAUCAGGGCCUCCGUGGCCUGCGGGUUAGGUUGAUAGCGCAGCACAAAG